CGCCUCCGCUGCCCGAGUCGGAAGCGCCAGCGCUGGCGCCGCUGUCAGUGCGCGAGGGGCCAGCAGCGCGCCCGCGGCUCCGCUCCGGCGCGGCUCCGCUCCGGCCCGACUCCUGCCGCGCCUCGGCCGCCGCCCGCGCCCCCCGCUCCCGGCGGAGGUAGCAGGCGGUGGGGGGACCAUGGCUGACGUCUUCCCGGCCAACGACUCGGCGGCGCCUCAGGACGUGGCCAACCGCUUCGCCCGCAAAGGGGCGCUAAGACAGAAGAACGUGCACGAGGUGAAGGACCACCGCUUCAUCGCCCGCUUCUUCAAGCAGCCCACCUUCUGCAGCCACUGCACCGACUUUAUCUGGGGGUUUGGGAAACAAGGCUUCCAGUGCCAAGUUUGCUGUUUUGUGGUUCACAAGAGGUGCCAUGAAUUUGUUACUUUCUCUUGUCCGGGUGCAGAUAAAGGACCCGACACUGAUGACCCCAGGAGCAAGCACAAAUUCAAGAUCCACACCUAUGGAAGCCCCACCUUCUGCGAUCAUUGUGGGUCGCUGCUGUACGGACUCAUCCACCAGGGGAUGAAGUGUGACACCUGUGACAUGAACGUGCACAAGCAGUGUGUGAUAAACGUCCCCAGCCUCUGCGGGAUGGACCACACGGAGAAGAGGGGCCGGAUCUACCUGAAGGCCGAGGUCACCGAGGAAAAGCUCCACGUCACAGUACGAGAUGCAAAAAAUCUCAUCCCUAUGGAUCCAAAUGGGCUUUCAGAUCCUUACGUGAAGCUGAAGCUUAUUCCUGACCCCAAGAACGAAAGCAAACAAAAAACCAAAACCAUCCGUUCCACACUGAACCCCCAGUGGAAUGAGUCCUUUACGUUCAAAUUAAAACCUUCAGAUAAAGACCGACGACUGUCCGUAGAGAUCUGGGACUGGGAUCGAACAACCAGGAACGACUUCAUGGGGUCCCUUUCCUUCGGAGUCUCGGAGCUGAUGAAGAUGCCGGCCAGUGGAUGGUACAAGCUGCUGAACCAAGAGGAGGGUGAGUACUACAACGUGCCCAUUCCAGAAGGCGACGAGGAAGGCAACGCGGAGCUGAGGCAGAAGUUCGAGAAAGCCAAGCUCGGCCCUGCUGGCUACAAAGGCAUUAGUCCUGACAGGAGACAGCCUUCCAACAACCUCGACAGAGUGAAACUCACCGACUUCAACUUCCUCAUGGUGCUGGGCAAGGGCAGCUUCGGGAAGGUGAUGCUGGCGGACAGGAAGGGGACGGAGGAGCUGUACGCCAUCAAGAUACUGAAGAAGGACGUGGUGAUCCAGGACGACGAUGUGGAGUGCACCCUGGUGGAGAAGCGGGUGCUGGCCCUGCCGGACAAGCCCCCGUUCCUGACGCAGCUGCACUCCUGCUUCCAGACGGUGGAUCGGCUGUACUUCGUCAUGGAAUACGUCAACGGCGGGGACCUCAUGUACCACAUCCAGCAAGUAGGAAAAUUUAAGGAACCGCAAGCAGUGUUCUACGCAGCAGAGAUUUCCAUUGGGUUGUUCUUUCUUCAUAAAAGAGGCAUCAUUUAUAGAGACCUGAAGUUAGAUAACGUCAUGCUGGAUUCGGAAGGACACAUCAAGAUUGCGGACUUUGGGAUGUGUAAGGAGCACAUGAUGGACGGGGUCACGACCAGGACCUUCUGCGGGACCCCAGAUUACAUCGCCCCGGAGAUAAUCGCUUAUCAGCCGUAUGGGAAAUCCGUGGACUGGUGGGCCUACGGCGUCCUGUUAUAUGAAAUGCUGGCCGGGCAGCCUCCGUUUGAUGGCGAGGAUGAAGACGAGCUGUUUCAGUCCAUCAUGGAGCACAACGUCUCGUACCCGAAGUCCUUGUCCAGGGAGGCCGUCUCCAUCUGCAAAGGGCUGAUGACCAAACACCCCGGCAAGCGGCUGGGCUGCGGGCCCGAGGGAGAGCGGGACGUGCGGGAACACACCUUCUUCCGGAGGAUCGACUGGGAGAAGCUGGAGAACAGGGAGGUCCAGCCGCCCUUCAAGCCCAAAGUGUGCGGCAAAGGAGCAGAAAACUUCGACAAGUUCUUCACGCGAGGGCAGCCUGUCUUAACGCCACCCGAUCAGCUGGUCAUCGCUAACAUCGACCAGUCUGAUUUUGAAGGGUUCUCAUAUGUCAACCCCCAGUUCGUGCACCCCAUCCUACAGAGCACAGUAUGAAACUCAGCACCGAGAACAGGCGCCUCCCCAGCCCCUGCCCCCUGCCCCCAGCCGUGGGAAAUGAUCCUCAGCUCUAAAGUUUGAAGGCCACCGCCUUGUUUCCAGGGGAGGCCUGAGAACUGUAGGGUUAUUAGUCCAAACGUGAUCAGCUGUUCAGGGUCUCUCGCAACCGAGAGCAUCAUCUUAGCGGCAGAUGGCGUCAUGCACAGCAUCCAGUUUAAUUGUGUAGAGGUCGCAUCUGGCGGUAGGUUAACCCUUCCUGGAAGGCAAACAGACUCUACCCCCCCCCUUUUUUUUGGUACAAUUUGGCAUGUUUUCCAGACCCUCUGUUGAUUUUCACCAUCCGGAUCCCCCAACCAGACAUGUUCAAAGGAACCCGCCCCAGUCCAGGGAGCCGGAAACAUCUCCGCCCAAGACAUCUUUGGAGUAAAAGAACGGGGAGCCCAGAGAGUGAGCAAGGUGGGACCCGGGGGAGGUGGGAUUGGGGCUUCAGAGGACCCACUGCUGGUGUUCUCUGCCUCGAUGGAAACGGUCCCUAGGGCCCAAGAGGCCGGGAGGAAUCUGGUCCCAUCUGCAAGCUCACUGUUCCCAGAGGUUGACAGUCGUAACCCACUCACAGUUACGGUCCAGCAGUUACCAGUUUAGAAACAGAGGAAGAAGACCUCAGAUGAGUGUUGGGGGCACCUGUCAUCUCGUACCCUACUGGCUGAUAACUGUCUUGAUACUUGCAUUUCUUUUUAAGAGGCCAAAUCUUCUAAGGACUCCGCUAAACGAGCAUGUGAAGUCAUUUCAGAUCAAGGGUAGGUCAGUGCGUGUGAUGUUCAUUUUAAUCUCUGGGAGAUUCUUCUGGAUCCAGGGUGCCACCCGCGAUCAUGCCACUACUCACAAGUGUUAGCCAACCCCCCUCACACCGACACUUCGCUGCCUACUUCCUAAGAAGCCGGAGCGCACACCUCCCACCCCUUUUGUACUUAUUUAUUUAAUAGGCUGCGGUGUUUACGAGAGUACGAUGUACAGUAAGUUAACCCAAGUGUUGACUGUAACUUCAGCCCCUAGAAUUGAUUCCCCUCCCGUCUCCAGCCCUCGACAUCCUCUUGGGAUGAACAGUACGGUUUUGGUCCCCCAUUUCCGGUUCAUGUUGAGUGACACACCUGAAGCUGUAGAACAGGAAACCUGGAUGCGUAUCAGCUCAAAGAGGUUUUAUUGCUAGAAGGAUUUCAAAAUGUUUUGCAAAGGCAUCAUGCAAUGAAUUUUGCAUGUUUAGAAUAAACCUUAAUAACAAGUGAAUCUAUGUUAUUGAUAUAAUCGUAUCAAGUACACAGAGUAUUAUAAUAAUUUUAUAAGACACAACCGUGCUACGACUGUGACGGCUCCGGUUUCUAGUCUGCUUUUCUGAUUAAGUGUUAGCUUCUUUUUGUGCCGCUGUGCUUCCUCUUCCCCACGCCGACUCCGUGCGUACCCUGCAUUGGCACUGUGUCGGGCGUACUGACUUUUUAUUGCAGUAGAUCUGAUUUCGAAGGUGAAUGGCUACUUUGCAUGAUCAAUUAGGCUUACAUACACAUAUACAUAAAAAUAUUCGAUUCUACCUGCAAACGGAAGUUUCGUCGGGGGUGUGGGGUUACUGUCGAGGUGAGACUCCUCUUAGCCUCUGAGCCCUGUCGCCUUCGUCACGCUUCCUCCUGUGGUAGCAGGAGAUGUUCGUGCAGGUGUGGUGUCGUCACGGCCCACGGGCUGCACUUUGCUCGGUCAGUUCUUCCCUUCAGCCUUGUUGCUGCUGGAGACUCGGGGUAGGAGGGACGGGAGGAUGCCCUUCCUGACGUGGGUGUGCAGAUGCCCCGGAAGCGUGCCGUCCAUCUCACCGUCCUCGGCACGCUCCGCCGUCCGCUACCGCACGUGCAGACGUGGUGAGCACAGCCAGGCCCCGGAGCCGUCAGCAGACGCCCUGGGGGGGCUGCAGAUGCUCUCCCAGGUGUUGCUAGAAGCGGCCUUCCCUGUCUUGUGAGGAGCACUUCCGUGGGACGCAGCAUCGCAGUGCGGGGUCCUCAGGGGAGCCGGUCAGAAAGAGCGGAAAGAACGUUUCCGAGGGACGUGGUUGUCAGUCCUUACAGGGGCUGCUCUGUGCCCCGUUCCCCAGAAGCGUGUCCCAGCGAAGCGGCUUCUCACUUUGACUCUCUGGCUGUUUGCCUGAAUUCCAGCUGCCACACGACCGCUGAGGGGUCUUAGGGGUGAGAGGCCUCGGCCAUCCUGGGAAGCCUUGACUGGAGGAAGAGACGGGGUAGGGAACAGGUUAGACCAGAAAAGAGCAAAUUCUUCCGCCACCUCUUAUGGACCGUAGACUCAAGGGCUCCAGAGGGGCCCCGGCUGCGGCGCUGUGGCCCCACGGGUCCGUGCACGUCCGGGGGCCGCAUCUUCCCCAGGUGCACCUCGUUUGGUCUGAUAGAAAAGGGACCCAAGUAUAGAAAGAGCCUAAGAAGCAGAAGGGCCGGUCACCCUGCCCCGGAAUGGAGCAGCAGCAGGACGGCAGAUCCCCAGCUACGCCCCAGCGGGGAGGAACGUCCCAGCAAGGAGCCCGCGGGGUUGAACCACGUGUUCCCAGCCUCUCGCUGCCUGCUCAUGCUGAGCCCCGGGCAGGUCACGCUGUCCUUCACACAGCCGACACGUUUCCAAAUUAUUCAUCUUUCUCUAGGAAACAUCCCAGCUGGUUUUUAUCCUUUCUGAGUGUGUGGCAAAGUUUUCAAGGAAAUACCGUGUCUGGGGGGCCCUGUACUCUGCGUGAGGGACUGCAGGCUUGAGGACAAACUUGGGGGGAAAACAGUAGAAGCUCCAGUGCCAGCGACGUGCUACCGUGAUGGGGCGUGUUGGUGCGUCGCCAUGUCCCGGAUGUAGAUAGAAGCUGAUGCUUUUAAAAACUCUGAGCAACCCAGGACAGUUCUGCUGAAAGCACACGUCACGUUGGUAACCGUCAGCAGAAUGGAUUGAUAAAGGUCGGUGGCUUUAUCCCCCUUCGUGGAGGCCACGUGAAGUAAAGCCACAGGGAAGGGGCCGCCGCUUCCAAGGGGCUGGGAUAACAAGGAGGCCCUGAAGGGCCCGAGAAGGGUCAGCCCCUGUGUCGCUGGGGCCCAUGGAGGUUCAGGCCCGCAGGGGAAUCCAGCUCGAGCUGGGUCCCCCGCCAGACGCUGUGAUGCGAAAGGCCGUUUAGAUCGGUCCCGUGACCUUCCCCUGGGAGGCGGCCGCUCCGAGGCUGCGGCCAGUGCGCUGGCGGCCCUCCUCUGGGCAUCGCCUGCAGACCCACGAGGGGUUUGGGUUGAAGGAAGAAUAUGGGGUGCGCAGCCCGCAGAGGUGAAUGGGAGGUUCGCUCGAGGCUGGAAUGAUUCAGGAGGUCGGUAGGAGACCCCGGGAACCGAGCGACGGCUCUCCGUCACGUCUACUGCUGUUUUGUUCACGUUCACGCAGAGCCUCUGCCUUGUCGUGUCUUCGGAGAUGGUUAGGCUUCUUCCUAUCAGGAUUUUGGGGGAAAGCCAGAGGGUUAAGAGAUCUCCGGAAACUUGGUCUGAGACGGUCAGCUAGGAGAGCGUGAGGACCCUGAUUAGCGCGAUUCAGCGAACGAUUGUCGAGCCCCUCUGAGCCACGGUCCUUAGCCGUGGUCGGCAGGGAGUUUAGGGAGGAGUGGGUUUGGGUGCGGAAGGGCUGGCGGACGCUGGCAGCAGGAGGAAGCCGGCAGGGAGGGAGGGGCGCUGCGGUCCCCGAGGCUGAGCCGCGGGUGGUUUCCGGUGCGGCUGCUGGCCCUCGUCCGCCAGCAUCUCCCACGCGCCAGCAGCGCCCUCCCUGCCCCCUCGAAGAGGCUCCCGGUUCUCUGGGCGGGGCUGAAGCAUCCAGCAGGUGGGUUCGCACCCACUUUUCCCCUGUGACUUCCUGUAGCUGGGGGUCCGGGGAGAGGGGAGCGGGGGCAGAGCAAAAGCAACUAACACUGCAGGCCCCCCCCCACCUCCCCGAGUCCACGUAGCAGGAGGGAUUUGAGUGUGUCGCCGGCGUUUGUUUGCUCAGCGCUGAAGGGCGGACAAAGUGAGGGUCUUGUGUAUGUAAAAGCCUCAGAAGGGAAACACCGCCUGACAGUCAUCUUCUCACCUUGGUCUUGUGAAGUCGCCUGUCUCUUGUGCCAUCUCCUGCUUCUCUAAGCCCAGCAGGGGCAGCACUGAAGAGACGAUCGAGUGAACCUGACGCGGGGCAGCGACCCCGAGACGAAGGCUCUCAGCGUCGCGGGGACAGGGAAGGCCUGCCGGUCACAGGAAGCGGAAGGCGUCCUCGCUGUUCGCGACCACACCCUAAUUUGACAGGGAGCGUUGGGAAAUGUUUUUAAAACCUUUUCCUUGAGUUACUUGGGUUACAUUUUGUGAAAUAUACUGACUGUCAACGUUUCUGUCAUUUCCCGUGCGGGCUGACGCAGCACCUCUAGGGAAUGCUGUAUAUUUCUGUUGUUAGAAAGGUUACCUGCGUUACACGCGGGUGAAGGCAGCCGCGUAGAAAUGGUGUUGGCCACAAUUCUGUUAAUCCGAUAAUGUCAGGGGCUCGUCAGGAGGGUGAAGGGCGGAAUGACCAGGACCUCAGCGCCGCUGAUGUGUGUGAUCGGCUGUCCGUUAAUAACGGUGUAGGUCCAACUCAGUCAUCAAACAGCCUUAAAAUGACCCACACUAAGGCCCACACGUUCCAAAGACGUUUUUGAAACCUUAUGGAAGAAAUUAAUCUGUUAAUUCCAACAGAACAUCUGAAUAUACUGGGCUAUUUGUACUUUUUUAUAGAGAACUUUAUUAACUCAAUUCUUCCUUAGAAAUGAGUCUUUAAAAUAAAACUACUGACAGUUUCAUAAGAUUCCAAUCACACGGAGCCUGUAGGAGGACUCAGCUGGGGUCAGCUAGAGCGCCCCUGUCCUGCAGUCCCACUGCGGGAUUUUCCCAUCCAGUGGGGUAUGGAGUCCUCAUCACAAUGACUGGAAGUCCAGGUGGAACACGUUAGCAGAAUGACGCCCUCCGUGUUUUUAAUGAGACACUGGGGACAACUGUCUAAAGUCUAGAAACUUUGGGACCGCGGGAAAGAUGGCUUCAUUGUCCCCUUUCCAGAUGCAGCUCUGGGACAGCUUUCCCAUUUCCUUGCCCUGUGAGGCUCUGCGACCACCUUUUGGCAUGGGGAUGGGGGGCGCCUCCUCAGCUCUGUCUCCUGCCCCCACGGGCCCCCAGGUCUCGCAUAUAUGGUGAAAGUUCAGUGAUGCCCUGCGAGAACUUGGUCCCUGGGCGACUCAGAACUACCCCGACAUCCCCAAGAAAGAAGCGGCAGAUGUGUCCAUUGGCAUCAUCUCUAGUGAGUAGACGGGACCCUACUUGUCAAGGCUACUUUAUAAGGACCUUUUUUUCUAAAAGAAGACAAAAGGUGGCUUUGCAUUUUCUGAUCAAACAGCUCUGUCUUUGCCCCUCUGCUUCACUUUAGGAGUAUUUAUUCCUGUGAUUGUUGGUAGAUUCUUGGUGAUACUCUUCCUGGAAAACUGUGAUUCUUUUCUUGAGGGGGUUAGUGGACCAUUCAGAAUCAUCCGUGAAGGCUGUUUUCCUUUUGAGUGUAAAAAUUCGCCUCAUGUCUCUUCUCUUAGGGUCUUUUCGAAUGUCUUUUGUAGAUGGUCAGAAACAUUUGGAAUCACUGCCUUGCUGCAUGAAUUUGGGGGAAGGGUGGGCUGAAGGACAAGCCGUGUUUAAAGCAUCCUUGAAAAGGAGCCUAUAUCAGACCCCAAAUGUGUAUGGAGGAGGGAGAGGAAGAGACGGAGGUUGCAGUGUUCCCUUCUGUCAAGCACCUGCUGGCAGAACGUAGAGGCCGUUCAGCUGUCAGGUCCCACUGGGUUUAUCGCAGGUGAAACGGAUGUACAAUUCCUGCAUUGCUCUAGUUCCAUAACCUCUAAGCUUUGUUUGCAUGACACGCUUUGUUAGAUACAUUAACUGUAGUUUGGAAGCAAGUGUGUAUGAAUAAAGAUAAUGACCAUUC